AACUAAGUCAAAACAGUUCAGAAGAAGAAAAUGGCUGCUGAUGCUGAAUUUUUUUUUUUGGUUGCGAUAAAAUUGCGUGAAGCUUAAGGCCUGUUAUCAUUUAGUUGGAAUUCAAAUGGUCAGAAGAUUUAAUUGAUAGCAAUGAUAAGAUAUAGUAAGAAUGAAACACAAUAGAGGACGCCACCAAGUAGUGAUUCAACGCUGGUGACUCCUUAGACUCAAAACGAUGGAGUUGCAUUCAAAAUUUUCAGCCAAAUAUUGAUGGCAUUUGGAACUGACUGAGAAAUGCAGACCACGUUUGUCCCUGCUCUGUCCAAAAUGUUGGUGAAUAGAAAAACAAGUUUCAAAGACAGUCAUCCACUGUCGGACUUUGGUCCGGAUGAGAACUUGAAUGAUAAUGCAGAUAUUGACUGGGUGAACAAGUCAUGGGUUCGUGGAUUGCUGCGAUUCUGUGCCUUUGUGAGCUUGGUGUCUGUCAGUCUCAACACUCCCGAGAUGUUCACCAUCAGCAUUCAUCUGAUGUACAUCACGUUUAUCUUUGAUCUUAUCGUCACCUUCCUGUUCUCGGCUGAGAUGAUUGCCAAAAUGCACAUCCGGGGAAUAGUCAAGGGUGAAGCUCCCUACAUCAAGGACCGCUGGUGUCAGUUUGACGGAUUCAUGGUGCUGUGUUUAUGGAUGUCAUUAAUCCUACAAGUAUUUGAGAUGACAAAUAUAGUAGAAAUGUAUUCUUAUUGGUCAAUAAUGAGAUUUCCCCGCCCACUUAUCCUGAUUCGGUUGUUCAGAGAGAAGCUGAAAUUCCAGCUGCCAAAACAGAGAAUAAAUACAAUCUUCAAACGUUCUCGAAACCAGAUCUUCAACGUAACAACAUUUUUCCUGUUCUUUAUGUCGCUGUAUGGAAUUCUGGGAGUUCAGUUCUUCGGGGAGCUGAAAAAUCACUGCGUCAAGAAUGGAACAGAUCCCAGUAAUGUGACGAAGGCAGACCUAAUGAUUCCAGAUUAUUAUUGCUCCACAAACUCGGAUUAUGGCUAUCACUGUACCAAGGGAAUGGUCUGCAUGCAGCUGGAACUUAGUAACGUGCAGCGAGGCUUUGAUGGAUUCGACGAAUUCAUUACGAGCUUCUUCACUGUGUACGAGGCUGCCUCACAGGAGGGCUGGGUGUUUCUUAUGUACAGAGCCAUUGACAGUCUCUACGCAGAACUAGCUUUUGUCUACUUCAUUACCCUUAUAUUUAUUCUGGCUUGGCUUGUCAAGAAUAUCUUUAUUGCUGUGAUUAUUGAGUCCUUUGCGGAAAUUCGAGUUCAGUUCCAGCAGAUGUGGGGAUCACGAGGCAGUGCUACAGACUCAGAUUCUUCACAGGUUAUCCAGUGCGAGGGUAACACAUGGAAAAUGGUUUUAAUUGAUGAGAACAAGGCCAAAGGGUGGGCCCCGCCAUUCUUCCAGAAAAUCCUCUGUUCAAACUUUUUCCACACAUUCUUUCUGCUCCUGAUAUUUGCCAAUGCUAUCACUGGAGCAGCAUUGUCAUUCAAAGGUCAAGGCCAAGCACCUGGCAGCAACAAACUGGAUGGCUUUUAUUAUGCUGAGUUGGCUUUCACUGUCCUGUUUGAUUUGGAGGCUGUAUUUAAGAUCUGGUGCCUGGGUUUCCAAGGCUACAAGAAGAGGCCUUUCCACAAGUUUGAGCUGCUGCUGGCAGUCGGGAACACUCUUCAUGUUGUACCACCUCUCUACAGGGGACACUGCACUUACUUCCAGGUUCUCCGUAUUGUUAGACUCAUGAAGGCUUCACCAAUGCUGGAAGAUUUCUGUUUCAAGAUCUUUGGUCCCGGUAAGAAGUUGGGUCACCUGAUCCUCUUCACCAUGUGUCUCCUGAUCAUAGCCUCCAGCAUCAGCUUACAGCUCUUCUGCAACAUCAGGAAUUUUGACAAGUUUGGCAGGUUUGAUCAGGCUAUUAUGUCCAUGUUUCAAAUUUUGACACAAGAGGGUUGGAUCGAGGUGAUGAACGGGGUGAUCGAGGAAACGGAAACUGGAGGCGAUCAAUUCUUUACGUAUCUCUGUGCCAUUUAUUUCAUUUUGUAUCACCAAUUUGUCACAGUGAUCGUCAUCAGCUCCUUUGUCGCCGUGAUUCUAGACAAUUUAGAGUUGGACGAGGACAUCAAAAAACUUAAACAGUUAAAAGCCCGAGAACAGGUCACAGAGAGUCAGCAGAAGCUCCCAAUGAGGCUACGAGUGUUCACGAAAUUUCCGAACCACCCCCAGAUGGUGUAUCUGUAUAAGAUCCCUAGUGACUUCAGUCUGUCUCCGGUCCGGGACAGCUUCCUGAGGCACUUCUCUACCCCAGAAAUGAACCUGACUGUAGACAUACAGGAAAUUACAGAAGAAAACACCAUGGUGGUCAAAUUCUCUCCAGUCAAGCUAGUUAGACAGGAUGUGGGUGGAUCCAAAAGUGGUGGGGCCAUGGAGAAAAGGAGUGGAAUAACACUUAUUGUGAGAGAUUCAGCCCAACAGAAGAUGCAGGUGUGUGGAUCUACGCAGCUGGUCCCCACCGGCCCCAAGUCUCUACUGUCCCAGCAGUACCAGCUCAGGAUGGGCCGAAGAAGCAUGAGAGGUUCUCGACCUGGGAGUUUGAAAACUAGAAGCACAGGAGCCAAAGAGAACGGCGACAUCAAUCUGGGAACGAUAACCAGUUCUAUUGUGAACCGGACGAGAACACCAGAUGAUUACGACAUCAAAGUUUGGCAGCAGAGGAAACAACAGGCAGAAAUUAAAAGGAGCCAACAGGAGGAUGACUUAAGAGAGAAUCACCCCCUGUUCGACACGCCCCUUUUCUCUGUGGGACGGGAAUCACGCUUCCGUAAAAUCUGUCAGAUGAUCGUCAACGCUCAAUAUAAAUACACACUGGGAGACCCCAUCACAGGGAAGGAGCUCAACAGCAAAUACAAACGCAUAUAUAAACUGUUGGGGCUGGUGACCUAUCUGGACUGGGUGAUGAUCAUGGUAACCAUCCUCUCCUGCAUAUCCAUGGCGUUUGAAACACCGAAAAGGAGGAUAAUGAACACCCCAGAGCUACAGAUAGCAGAAUAUGCCUUUGUGAUUUGCAUGAGUAUUGAGAUGGGCCUCAAGGUUUUGGCCAAUGGGUUCUUCUUCACUCCUAAAGGCAUCGUCAAGGACUUUGGAGGGAUGCUAAACAUCUUCAUAUAUGCUGUUAGUGUGAUUUUCCUGUUCUGGAUGCCAGAAGAUGUGAAGCGAGACUCACCUGGCCAGGUGUUCAUGCUGCUCAGGUGUUUACGGCCCCUCAGGAUCUUUGUUCUCAUACCUCACAUGAGAAAGGUCGUGUACGAGUUCAUCCGGGGAUUCAAAGAGAUCAUACUGGUUUCUGUUCUGCUCGUGGUUCUAAUGUUUAUGUUUGCUAUUUACGGAGUUCACGUGUUGGGAGGAAAACUUCACAAAUGUAAUGAUCCCUACAUCACCACCAAGGAGGACUGCAAGGGAAGGUUUUUCCAGAAAGUUUUCGUUACCAAAAUGAAGAUCCCAAAUGGCACUGAGAGUGAUGCUGGCUUCUUUGUUCCUAGGACGUGGUCCAAUCCAUACAACUUUAACUUUGACAACAUAGGGAGUGCCAUGCUUGCUUUGUUUGAGGUGCUGUCAUUGGAGGGAUGGCUGGAGGUCAGAGAUGUCAUCAUAGAAAGAGUGGGAUUGGAUCAUGCUAUAUAUGUCCAUGUUUUUGUCUUCAUGGGUUACAUGAUUGGUCUAACGUUGUUUGUGGGUGUGGUCAUUGCUAAUUAUAGCGAAAAUAAGGGAACAGCAUUGCUGACUGUGGACCAAAGACGAUGGCUUGACUUGAAGGGAAGAAUCAAACUGGCUCAGCCUCUACAUAUACCUCCCAGGCCAGAUGGAACAAGUUUCCGAGCCAAGAUGUAUGACAUUACACAGCACAAGAAAUUUAAAGCAGCCACUGUGUUUCUGAUUCUGGUCAACUGUGGACUGUUAGCAGUUCCCUGGAAGUCUUCAGACGCCCAUCGGACUUUUAUACUGGGUUCCAUUUCUGCAGUCUGUACCCUGCUUUUCCUCUGUGAAGUGGUGAUAAAGAUGAUUGCAUUGACACUCAAAGGCUACUGGACGAGUCGGAGAAACCGCUUUGACAUGCUGCUGACCUUUCUAGGGGUCAUCUGGAUCAUACUGCAUUUCAUUUUCAACUUGACAAGGCAGGAGGGGGAUGCUAACAAUGUGUUUGGAGUGAUCAUUAUUGUCCUGAGGUUCUGUACCAUUUGUGGUAAACAUGCGGCCUUGAAGAUGUUGACUCAGACAGUGGUGAUGUCUGUGUUGAAGAGUUUCUUCAUCAUUACGGGAAUGUUUCUGCUGAUUCUGUUCUACGCCUACCUGGGGGUCAUUUUGUUUGGUACUGUCAAGCAUGGGAACAACCUGGGAAGACAAGCCAAUUUUGAGACCACCCCCAUGGCAAUAGCACUGCUGUUUAGGAUUGUUACUGGCGAGGACUGGAACAAGAUCAUGCAUGACUGUAUGGUAGCUCCUCCAUUCUGUACGAUCGAGGGGAACUUCUGGGAGUCGGACUGUGGUAAUGCGUCAGCCUCCAUUGUGUAUUUCUUUUCCUUCUAUAUCAUCAUCACCUACAUUGUCCUGAACUUACUGGUCGCUAUCAUCAUGGAGAACUUUUCUCUGUUUUACUCCAAUGAGGAAGAUGCCCUGUUGAACUACAAUGACAUCAGAAACUUCCAGAACACAUGGAACAUUGUGGAUGUCAACAGAAAGGGUGUCAUUCCUGUCCGUCGUGUAAAAUUCUUGUUGAGGUUACUGAAAGGUCGUCUGGAGGUCGACUUGGAGAAGGAGAGACUGGUCUUCAAGCACAUGUGUUAUGAGAUGGAACGUCUCCACGCGGGAAUGGAUGUGUCAUUUCAUGAUGUCAUCAGCAUGCUGUCCUACCGGUCAGUGGACAUCUGUAAGAGUCUACAGCUAGAGGAGUUACUGGCCAGACAGGAACUAGAGUACACCAUCGAGGAGGAGGUAGCCAAACAGACCAUACGCAACUGGCUGGACUCUUGUCUCAAGAGGAUCCGAGCGAAAGCACCUCCUCAGCAGAAAGAACACACAAAUCUGAUCUCAAAUCUCCGGGCCACGAACGAGCAACAUCUGUUUACACUGACGGAGCAGCCAUCCAGCGCUGCAGAGAGCAGUGAGGAUAAUCGUAAUGAGAGUCCUGUAGUGAGGACCAGGAAGAAGGGAAUGGUGGAGUUACAGCCCCCUAACAUCUUAGUUCAGCCCCCACCCCCACCCACACAGUCACCGACAAUGAGAACUUCACCCAGAGUGGAGAAGGAGAGACCCACACUAAAAAAGAGAUCAGGAAGGUUAUCCUCAGGGAGUAAUUAUAAAGGACUGACUGUGAACCUAAGUCAGACAUCGGAGAUCAAGAGUGAGACCCUAACUGUCUCCCCACUCCAGAAAACAUUCACAGAGAGCAUUCUGAUUGGUGAGAAUGUGUCCACGAACAUCCAAUCAUGGUGGGGGGAUCAGUUCUCACAACAACAUGAGCACGAAAACUGAUCAACCAGUGUUGUUAAUGAACAGUGAAAGAGCAUGACAACUGACCGGUGUCCAUGUGAACGGAGGAUAGAGUUGUCUAGAGGUCAUACUGUAUGAGAUGUAUUACAUUUUGUCUGCAUUUCCAAGAUAUGAAGUGAUUUAUACAAUGGAGGACAGAGGAACACUAAUCGGACUUUGGUUAGAACUGUGGUGGAAAAUUGGCUGUUUUACGAUUUAUAUAUUCUCAGUAUCUCUAGAGUGAGGGAGGGGGGGAUACGAUUUAUAUAUUCUCAGUAUCUCUAGAGUGAGGGAGGGGGAGAUACGAUUUAUAUAUUCUCAGUAUCUCUAGAGUGUUGAAGAUAAGAUUUAUUCUCAGUAUCUCUGGAGUGUGGGGGUGGGGAAUAAGAUUUACAUGUAUAUAUCUUCUCAGUAUCUCUUGAGUGGAGGGGGGAGAUUUAUAUUUUAUAUAUAUUCUCAGUAUCUCUAGAGUGGGAGGGGGUAAGAUUUAUAUUUUAUAUCUAUUCUCAGUAUCUCUGGAGUGUGUUUGGGGGGAUAAGAUUUCUAUAUAUUCUCAGUAUCUCUGGAGUGUGUUUGGGGGGAUAAGAUUUCUAUAUAUUCUCAGUAUCUCUGGAGUGUUGGGGAGGGGGGAUACGAUUUACAUGUAUAUAUAUAUAUAUAUAUAUAUAUAUAUAUAUAUAUAUAUAUUCUCAGUAUCUCUGGAGUGUGUGUGGGGGAUAAGAUUUAUAUCUAUUCUCAGUAUCUCUGGAGUGAGGGGGGGGGGGGGGGAGAUUUCUAUUCAGAAUCUUGGGAAUGAGGAUUAUAGAUAUAUAUAGCUGUAAGAGUCGAAUGACAACAAUUUUUUACAGGAUUUGUUGUACAACAUAAUUUAUAUUUGUGAAUUCUUCAUUAUUGUCCAUUGAUUUAACUCAGGUUUGUGUGGAAAGUUGUAGAGAGACUGUUCACCAUGUGUUCGUUUUAGAUGCCUUCAUCAUUAUUUUACAUGUUCAAUGUAUUCAAAUCAUGUCAUUACAAAGAAAUGCCAAAGUUUGUGCAAUAUUCAAUUUGUGCCUGGUGUAUCACAAUUGAAAAUAUUUCAAAAUGUUUUCCAAAGACGUGCUUUUGUGGCAUACCGAUAUUUAAUGUAGCUAGGUUACACUUUUGUGAUACUGUUCAUUCUCAUAGUGUGUUAGCAAUAUAUGUACCAAUCAUUAAUCAAUUUUGCUGAGGAGAACAUUUCUCUAAUAACUACAUUUGGUGUAUACGUACAGUAUAUUAAGUUUUCAUGAGGCUGUGAAUGUAUAGGAUGUGUACAGUGGUUGUAGUUUUACAAGAUUCCCUGGUUGGAAGUCUCUUGUGAGCUUUCCUGAUCCACGUUUGUCUGUUGUGUAGUUUAAUUUCAGCUGUAUGUUUGGUUCAAUGUAAUUCAAGUUUGUUAUUACCAUGACCCAGGGGAACAAAACUAGAUGCAAUAAGCAUCCACAUUUUUACUUUAUAGGAUCGAUAUAUGGAAUUUAUAGGAAUAACAAAUCUUGUAAACAGCAAGGAUAUCAGUUUUUGUGUGUCAUGUGUGAGCUCCUUAGUUCAGUUCAAAUUCAGGGUUGUUUGAACCACUGCCCACUUGGCCAAAAUGAAGACACGAUAGGGGUUGAAUUUUUCACAUUGUAUAUACUAAGUAAAGUCUCCAAAAAUCCAUUAAGGCUAAUUUAUGAAAUCGAUAUACAAACAUGUAAUGUAGAUUUAAAUUUGUUCAAAUCCAACCCAAGGCCUGCAUGAUUCAAAGUUUUAAUACAGAAUGAGGAAUAAGGUUGUCAACAUGCAACUCUCCUCUGGUAGUAGAACGUUUUCUGGUCAGGGCCCUUAGGUAAGUAUUCUAUUACACAAUUUCUAUUCUGGUGUUAGAUUGGGGUAUUUUUACGGUAUAAACAUCUUCUAUGUAGGUUAUAUUUCUGUGAUAUCAAUGUAAUUCAAAAAAUUAGAUAUUGAAUUUAUUUGGGUAAAUAUCUUGUAUUAUAUAGUGAUCCAUAUAAACUUUCCAUGUGUACACCAAGUAAUGUGUUUAUACUGAGAACCAGACAAGUCGGGUGAGCAAUAAUGAUCUUAUAAUGAUGAUCUAUGUGCUGUCUAAUCUGUGUACCCUUUUCUUGCCAAAUAAUUAUGUCUACUUUAAUGUACCAAAUACAUUUGUACUUUUUAACUGUUUACAACAUGGGAGAUGUUUAGUUUUGAGCUCUACUGGUAAAAGACCAACCAAGCUUAUGUGACAGCAAACUUUUCAAAACAAGUGUUGUGUUGUUAUAGCAUGUUAUCAUUAAAGAUUCUGGAUUC